GUGGCACAGUCGGUGGUGAGCCAUUUCCAGAGAGGGAGGAAGACAGGGGGGUAAACAAGCCCUAUCUUGCAAUCCUAGACAGCCUCUGAGACGCGAUGUACAUUCAAUUCUGCCGCGGUUAUGGUCUGGAUAAGAAGAGCCCGGACGAGGCGCGGGCCAAACUGUCACCCGAGUCCAAGCUAUCUGUUGAGCUGAAGGAUCAGAAAGAUGAACGCUACCCGAGGAGCGCGCAUGUGUACCACGCGGCGUGUGCUGCCCUCGGCCUGAUUUGCCUGGUCCUUCUGCUGGUUGUCAUCAUCCUGGGUGUGAAACUUUCAGCCCAGCCUGAAGCGUGCAGUCAAGAAAGGAGGGUGGAAGAAAAGGCUCAGCGAUGCAGCUUUGAGAGCUGCAAGGCCCAGUUUCCGGCUCUGCCCCAAACGCCCACCUGCCAGAAGUGUGCGAAGGGUUGGCUGACCUUCAGCACGUCUUGCUAUUAUCUGUCCAAAUACAAAAAGAGCUGGGAGGACAGCAGGAGCUUCUGUAAGACUAAUGGGGCAGACCUGGCUGACAUCACUAACCAGCAAGUUCAGACCUUCCUGACUGGGAAAGGGUUGACGAUGUACUGGAUCGGGUUGAGAAAAAGUGGCGGUAGCUGGUCCUGGGUCAACAACACUACACUGGGAGACAGUUACUGGGCAGAAGACGGCUUGGAUGGGGACUGUGGGGCACUGCAUGUGGAAAGCCCACCAAAGAAGAACUGGAGCAAACGCCCCUGCUCACACUUGAGCUACUUCAUCUGCCAGAAGCAGCCAUGAAAGCACCCCCCACUGACAAACACGACCUCUUCCAUAGCAUAAAAUACUGAACCCAGCCUGUUUCCUAAUUCACAGCAGCGGUGAACACAUUACUACAGCUGAGAUCAUUACAUAAUUUUUAUUGAUCGUUUUAAAGAUUGUCAUGUCAAAGGGCAGAGAAUUUGGGUUUUGUAAUAAAGGUAGAAAUUAAAAUCUUUUGAGCGUCCAGUUGGUAUAGCGGUCUAUUCUGUUGUCCAUCAACAUUUGGAUCGCAGGAUCGAAUCCCCGUGUUACCUCCGACUUGGUCAGGCGUCCCUACAGACACAAUUGGCCGUGUCUCCGGGUGGGAAGCCAGAUGUGGGUGUGUCCUGGUCACUGCACUAGCGCCUCCUCUGGUCGGUUGGGCACCUGUUCAGGGGGGAGGGGGAACUGGGGGGAAUAGCGUGAUCCUCCCAUGCGCUACGUCCCCCUGGUGAAACUCCUCACUGUCAGGUGAAAAGAAGCGGCUGGUGACUCCACAUGUAUGGGAGGAGGCAUGUGGUAGUCUGCAGCCCUCCCCGGAUCAGCAGAGGGGGUGGAGCAGAGACCAGGACGGCUCAGAAGAGUGGGGUAAUUGGCCGGAUACAAUUGGUGAGAAAAAGGGGGAAAAAGAAGAAAAGAAAUGAUCUUAUUCAGUCUUCAUUGUGAUUUACUGUUGCUGCUCUGUCUUUUGGGGUUUCACUGGACUCUUUUAUUUUCUCAUUUAUUUUCAAUCAUUUUGUACACCAUAAUUUACUAUGUAUCUUUUGGGGAAUGAACGGUCCGUUAAUUUGUACUUUUAAUAUUGCUUUUAUUCGUAUACAAAAGGUUUUUGCACCGAUUACAGGUUAUAAAGUUAAAGCUAAUCAUUAAUUAUCACUUACUUCUAUAUUUCCAUGCAUUAAAGCUAUGUAUUUAUGUUGUUAUAAAAAUAAUACACUAUUCUGUAGCAUAAUACUGCAUUAAUCAUUACACCAUUGACUAUAAGGAGGUCACAAUUAAAGCGAUGUCAAUUU